AUGUUAGCCAGAAGGGUCUCUGGCGGCGCAAUCUGUCUAGGAUGCCGGCUGCGACUUUUUGGCCAAGCUUCACGGCCGAAUUGCCAGCUGUCUGCAACCCGAAUAUUAAUCGCAACCACCCGCACGAGGAGCAAGACAAGCACACGAUGCUAUGCGAGCGAGCCGGCUACUCGUUCCAGCGAGCCUGUUAUCCCCGAAGACAGCGAAUCAUUCUGGGCCAUCGAUGACCCCCCACCAUCCAAGAGAAUUAGAAGCCGGGGCAACCACCAUGAUCACCGGAAACAGGAAGAAGUUGCUGUCGGUAACACCGCUUAUGACGAGAAGAGCCGACAGGCCAAGAAGGGGUCCAAGUUCCGCUCAAAGCAUGUUCCUCUUCAGAAGCAGCACUUUGAUCGGAACCGAGUUUUAACUGAAGGCUCCGCGAGUCUGGGAUCUGAUAUGCUGGGCAAACCCGCCUACGCCAUCCUCAUGAAGGAACGAGGGAAGAUAAAGGACACUCCGCCGCCCGUCUCGGACGAUCUCGAUCAUGCGCUUCCCACUCCUGAGCCGGUCGAUAUCCAAGCUCUGCUUAAUAGUCAGAGCGGGCCUGUAACCGAUUCCGAGGUUCGUGCCAACAUUGACGAGCUCCGGCCCGAAGAAACCGUCCUGUCCGCCAAAGAAUUUCGUCGCAUACAGAAGGAGCUGGAGAGCUGCUUUUUGAACAUGCAAUUGCAAAACUACAUCGAGGCCUUCCAGGCGCAGAACGAGUCCGCGGCCGAGGAAGACUCGGAGAAAACAGAGUCCCAGUCAAACGUCGGAUUUACAUGGGUGAAGGACAUCACAACAUGGGUGCCACUGGCUACCGAUAGCACCGGACAUGCCCGAGGACCUGCCCAGCCGCUCUAUGGCUAUCUCACAGCCAGCUCUAGUGCCAAGCGUCGGCUUGCCCUCCGCAUCAUGCGAGAGUGUUGGGAUCUGCACUCAGAGAAGCGGGUAGACGACUUAGGUGAGGUCCUGGUAAAGAUGCGCAACUCCGAGUUUAUACUGCUAUUGCGCGGCACCCGCCGAUUCCUUCAGUCCCUGAAUUAUCUGCACCUCGAACCAGGCGAAACCAUCGAGGCGUUUCGGUCCCAAAUGACGCUGCGGAUCGUCACGAAGCGGGCCAAGGUCCCGACCAUCCUUAGCGAACUGAAUAAAACCCUCUUAUGCAUUAAGACGGAAACGUUCCCGCUCAGGUUCCUCCAGAACAGAGACCAGAUCAAUGAUGCACUUCUGGAAGAGGUUGGGCGUAUCACAAAUACCUUCGUUCGGCUUAGCCACAAUAAAGAGCGGCUCCAUGUCACAUGGGUUGACAUCCCAAGCUACAAAGUCCAACAGUUACAGGUUGAAAACCUGAUGGCAGUGGUACAACGUUUCCUUUUCACAGCCCUGAACCCCGACCGAGCCAGGAGAAGGUUGUACGCACCUGAACCGAAAAGGGGAGGACGGUACAUGGUUGACACACAUAACAAGGAGAAAUGGGGUUGGAAAGACAAACUUGGGUGCUGGGCACGCUAUGUUGUCCCUCUCCAACCUAAAACGGACAUUGAAGAUACAAUACCGGCGUCCACGACCAGUGAGAAGAUGGAGAAGACACAUCCGGAUGCUACAGGUGGUUCUGUAGCGUCCUUGAGAGCCAUAUACGGGCCUUUUCAAGAGCUCGCUAUGCCCGUCGAGCGUCCAAUACGCCGUGGCCCAGAACAUGGCAACAUCGCCAGAGAUGAACUUCCUAUCGUAGCACCAGCCGAAUCACUGGACAAAAUGAUGAUCCAAACCCCCACGUCCAAAUUCCCCUAUCACCCUGUCCGCUGGUCGCCGGAACUCACAACCUCAACCACGGCUGUCUUUGGCCACAUCCUCCACUCAUAUAACGCCGAAAAAGAUGACUUGGCCCCACCGCUACCAUCAGCAAUACUCGACCAUAUCAAUCGCCCGCAUAUUUUCUCUCCAACCGUUCCACAUCCAAUGCAGCUUGCGCGUCUCGCAUCUUCCCCCGACUCCACCACACUCUACCCCAUAGUUUCCAUGAUCCUCAUCAAACUCGCCCCUUCUCCCGGCUCGACUCCCAAUGCGCCAGACCUUGAGCUGCGCCUCUCCCUUUCCCUCGACGAUCCACCGGCCGUCUCAGGGAUACACUCUCUCCGCGCGGUGACCCGCAAGCACAUACACGACGUGCUACAACCCUCCUCGCCCGUCGACAUCCGCUUCACCCAAUCGCGUUACUCAGUCUUACAAGGCAUGUCCUUGCACAUGGAGAGCUGGCAGCCCAUAGCCGACUUCAUGUCCAAAGCGCAACUCGACCUCGACGCCGGCAAGCUCGACAUGCCCCCACAGCAGCGCUUCCCCAUCCCGCGCCGCCUCUUCUGCGCCAAUAUGGACUCCGACGCCGCGCCUCUAUCCAAGUCAUCGUCUCUUGAUGAAGUCAGCAUGAACUACAGCUUCACCGGCCUCGAGCUGCACCGCUCUGUCAGCGUCCCUUACGACGGCCAGACCCUAACCUACACCUCCAUCGAAGCGGGCGCCAGCGGCGGCCGGCGCGCUGAGGUCAGUCUAUCGCCACCGCAGUACGAGGCGACGUCGUCGUCCAAGGAGAAGGACGUGGAACUCGACGGCACCAUCGACGAUCCCUGGGCGCUUCACGACAGCUACAUGCGCGCCUGCUACCGGUUCGCCCGGGCGCCUGGCCUCUGGGCUGGCUACCUGGGUGCGAGCGAUGAGGGGAUUGGCCGGGCUUUACACCAUGCGGACGGAGCCACUACGUCAAGGACAAGGCAUUGUAAAUAG